CAGUGCAUGUGUUGUUUAUAUCUAUGAUUUGAUGUGGUCGCGGUCGUUUCCGGUUUUGCACGUAGCUCUCUAGCCGCGGGUUACACAUUUCCCGCAUGUCAGCGCGUCACGACGCGGUACCGUGCGCAAAAGGUAGGUGCCGAUGCUUACAUCAAUACCUGUCCUUUGGACAUGUAGGUGACCCAGCCGCAGUCACAUGUGUUCGUCCCCACUGGUGCUACUGCGGACAGCUCUUUAGUUAUAUACGGCUAACAAAGACCGUUUCACAAUGUCGGACGUCGAGGGAGGAACUGUAACCCCAUCGGAAAAGUCGCCGCUGUUGGGAAGUUUUAAUAACAAGAGUCGAUCCGGAUCGUUCAAGAAGAGCAAUUCCAUCGACGUGGUACCUGACAUUGAUAUAAGGGAUGGGCAGGUAGGAGGCCAGUAUAAUACCUUAUCAAGACAGCCUGUCGGUGGCUCCAUCACGGUGUGUCUCCAUGGCAACGCUGACGGAGACUGCACGGUAUGCGAAAGCGACUCGAACAGCGACUGCAGUACUGAUGACACGCACUGCCACAAGGAGAGGUCACAACACAUUCUUGAUGACAAGAAGGCCAAGCGGAAGCUCCUUAUUGCCAGCUGCCUCUGUCUCGUGUUCAUGAUAGGAGAAGUAUUUGGUGGCUACUUUGCCGACAGUCUUGCGAUCAUGACGGAUGCGGCUCAUCUGCUUACUGACUUUGCGAGCUUCAUGAUCAGUCUCUUUGCCUUAUGGGUUGCCUCCCGUCCAGCCACCAAACAGAUGCACUGGGGCUACUACAGAGCAGAGGUGAUAGGAGCGCUGGUGUCGGUGCUGCUCAUCUGGGUGAUCACGGGCAUCCUCGUCUACCUGGCCGUGAUGCGCAUCGUUAGGGGCGAGUACGAAAUCGACGCCCCGAUCAUGCUCAUUACUGCCGGCGUCGGCGUCGUCAUCAACCUAUUCAUGGGAUUCAUUCUGCACAGCACCGGCCACGGACACAGUCAUGGCGGGGUGAGCCACGCCGAGGUGGCCGCGCACAGCCACGAGGGCAGCAAGAAAAAACCGAUGAACGUGAACGUGCGGGCGGCGUUCAUACACGUGCUCGGCGACCUGGUGCAGAGCAUAGGCGUCAUGGUUGCAGCCAUCGUCAUCUACUUCAAGCCCGAGUACAAGGUAGCGGACCCUAUCUGCACGUUCCUCUUCUCAGUCCUCGUUCUCGUAACUACGCUGACAAUCAUGCGAGACAUCGUCAACGUUCUCAUGGAAGGUGCCCCACGAGGUAUAGAGUUUAAUGAUGUGAAGAACCUGCUAUCAUCUGUGCCUGGAGUCAUGGAGGUUCACAACUUGAGGAUAUGGGCUUUGACCAUGAACAAGGUGGCAAUGUCCGCCCAUUUGGCAAUAGAUCCUGAUUCAGAUCCGAGGAAGGUGCUCAAGCAAGCGCAGCGCAGGGUGAAGUACGAAUUCAACGUCUUUGAGUCGACAGUUCAGGUUGAAGAUUAUAAAGUGGACAUGCAGGACUGUGUGCAGUGUAAAGACCCGAAAGACUAGCCAACUCACACACACAUAUAUCUAUAUAUCUACAUCUAUAUAUAUAUUGUGUCUGUAUACAGACGAAGCAUAUGUAUCAGAGCUUAUCACGUAUUGGUUCUUGCCAGUACCAUUAUUAGUAGUCUUAUUAGUAUCCAGUGAUUGCCCAGACAACAAUAAGGUGAACUUUGUUACGGUAUUAAUCACCAUUGUAUAAGUAUACCAAUUGAUUACAUCAUUCAGUAACCAUUCAUUAACAAAAAAUAGCAGGUUUGUUCCAACUAUAGAAUACACACAUAGUGCCUGCAUAGCAGCCACCCCAGCCAGGUAACAACAGGGUAUGCACAGCGUUGACUAGUUCAAAGUCCAAGUAUAAAUAUAUAACAAGUGCUACAACAGGGGUAGAAAUUAACUUUUGAACACGGG